CCCUACAGAGAGAGGAUCCUAGGCGAGAAUGGAUACAUAAAGCUGUUUUUCACUUUCGGUGGAUAGUCCAAGAGGCAGAAACCAGGAUUAAUUAUUUUUUCUUAAGAGCGAUGGCUGCUCGGGAACCAUGGGAUAAUAUUGUGGGUCUAUUUUUUACUCUGCUUUGUCUCUGCGACUGGUCCGUGGCUCAGAUAUCCUACUCCAUUUCGGAGGAGGUGGACAAAGGGACAGCGGUGGGAAAUCUUGCGAAGGAUUUAAAUCUGAGUGUGCAGCAACUCCAUUCCGCGGGUCUUCAGAUUACCUCUGGGUAUAAAAAACGGUAUUUUGACAUAAAUCAUGAAUCUGGAGUACUUUUCGUUAGCGAGAGGAUAGAUCGGGAGGAGCUUUGUCCUAAUACGGUAAAGUGCUCUUUAAAUAUAGAGGCCAUCCUGAGUAAUCCUCGCAGCCUCCAUCGAAUUGAAGUUGUGAUUAACGAUAUUAAUGACAAUGCUCCAUCUUUUCUGGAAGAAAUAACAACAAUAGAAAUGUCUGAGUCUUCAUAUGUUGGAGAAAGACAUCCACUGCCGAUAGCUCAUGACGCAGAUGUAGGUACUAAUUCAGUUAAGAAUUACAAAUUAAACCCGAAUGACUAUUUCUCUUUGGAUAUACAGAGCAUUGGUGACCAGAGUGUGUCUGCUGAAUUAGUGCUACAGAAAGCAUUAGAUCGAGAAAAACAGGCUGUUAUUGAACUCACACUGACAGCGAUAGAUGGAGGAAAACCUCCCAAAACGGGGACUUUAAACAUACAAGUUAAUGUUCUGGAUGUAAAUGACAAUUCACCCUUGUUCAGUAAAACUCUUUACAAGGUCCAAGUUGUUGAAAAUGCAAAUAUUGGCACAACGUUAUUAACACUUACAGCUACUGAUUUAGAUGACGGUGUUAAUGGCCAACUAGUUUACUCUUUUACAGAAAGGGGGCGUUUCAACCCUGAUGACAAAUUCGCCCUGAACGAUAAUACUGGAGAACUUACUGUAAAAGGCAAUAUUGAUUAUGAGGAAAAUCAAGCAUACGAGAUUCGUGUUCAAGCACGAGAUAAAGGCAAUCCUCCUCGCAUUGCACACAGCAAGGUUUUAGUCGAAGUUAUUGAUGUAAAUGACAAUGCUCCGGAAAUCUCGGUGUCAUCACUCAUGAGUCCAGUCAAAGAGGAUGCUGAAUUAGGCACAGCUGUUGCUAUGGUGACUAUCACUGACAGAGACGGAGGCAAGAAUGGUCUGACGAACUGCAAAAUUACAGGUUCGGUGCCAUUUAAAUUAAAAUCUAACUAUAAAAACUAUUAUUCUUUGUUGGUUGACGGGCCUCUUGACCGGGAGAGUGUUUCCCAUUAUAAUGUAUCAAUUACAGCUGCAGAUGAAGGAACUCCCUCUUUGUCGAGCACAAGCGUCAUUAGUAUUCAAGUUUCUGAUGUCAAUGACAAUUCUCCUAGAUUCCUGGAAUCUUUGAUUAAUAUUUAUGUAAAAGAGAAUAGUCCGAUUGGAAGCACUAUUUAUACACUGACGACGUUAGAUUCAGAUUUGAAUGAAAACGCAAAGGCAACGUACCACUUAAUUAAUAGUUCCCCGAAGACCACACAGAUAGCUUCAAUGGUAAACAUCAACUCAGAG